CACGCUUGUAGAAUUACGUAUCGCAAAACUAUUAAAUAAAAUGAAAUUUAAACUGUGUUUUAAAAUGUUUUAAUUUAAUUAACUGAAGACGUGAAUGUGUAUGUUCGAUCGGUGUUCGGGAAAAUGUGAGUUCUUUUUAAUUAGUGAAGUGUUUUCGGACUUCGAAGUUGUCUAUCGUGGAAAAUUCUAUUCAUAGCACCGGUGUGUCGCGCGCUUAACAUUAAAAGUGCGAAACUGAUUAUACCCCGAGUUUUUGUUGUGGAUUUCAACUUGAUUCGAAUGCAGUGGCAACUGUGAUUAGCUGUUGAAUUAAUAUUUCGAUCUUCUGCUCCAUGAGUGAGGAGAUUUGGCAGUUAUGCAACGGCACGCGGCGAUGACUAACAUCAUAGCAAAAUGGCUAAUAAACAUUGGGAGGCAUGGUUGAAAAUCGUUUUCAUACCCCUCUUCAUUAUUACGACCACUGCUGAUUUCACCACGGAAUGCCAGAGGCCAUGCGACUGCAGGUGGCAGUCCGGAAACAAAGCAGCCAUUUGCUCAAAUUCAAGCCUUAAAGUCGUGCCUACGAAUCUCAGCAACGACAUACAAAUACUAGAACUUUCUAACAACAACAUACAACAAUUACAUUCGGAAGCUUUCAAGAAAGCUGGUCUCAGCAACUUGAAAAAACUAUUCCUGCGGGAGUGUAACUUGGAGAUUGUCCACAAAACCACGUUCGUCACCCUGGCAAUCAUGAUAGAGUUGGAUCUGUCGAAGAAUAAAAUUCGAUACCUCCAUCCGGACACUUUCAAAGGGACCGAGAAACUGAGAUUGAUAAACUUAAGCAACAACUUAAUCGAUAAGUUGGAAGACGGUCUGUUUCGCAACAUGAAGUUCCUGCAGAAAGUCGAAGCCAGCAAUAACAGGAUAGUUCGAAUCGGCACAAAGGCAUUCGUCAACUUACCUCAAUUAAAGAUUCUGAGGUUCGACGGCAACAAUCUAAGCCACAUGAAGCUCGAAACUUUAAUAGCACUGAAGAAUCUAUCUGGCUUAGACUUGCAUAACAAUCCGUGGCGAUGCGAUUGCAAUCUCCAGACUUUUAGGGACUGGGUGAUCAGUCACAAUUUGUACACGGCGCCUACAUCCUGCGCGGAGCCGGUCUCCGUCCAAGGCAAACUUUGGAAUGAAUUAGAUUCGUCGAAUUUCGCGUGCCGCCCGACUAUUCUCGAACCGUUACCAGACUCGACGGUCAGAAGUUACGAUGAAAACGUGACUUUGACUUGUAAAGUUGUCGGUAAUCCACCACCUGAUGUCUCGUGGAGGUUUAAUGGACGAGUUAUUGAAAUGAAAACAUUCGGCGAAUUGAGAUAUGCGGUUAACGAAAACAUUAUGGAUCUGAUCAAAUGGGUUAAUUUGACAAUUAUUAAUGCGCGAUACAGCGACCGAGGGAAUUAUAGUUGCGUUGCCGAAAAUCCAGGGGGACGUGACGAAAAGACAUUAGGAUUAGUUUUAACGAAAUACGGAGGAUCUGGCUUAAUAGCUGGCCUGGACACGGAUUCAUUUGCAAUUAUAAUUGGCUGUUUGACGGCCAUAGUAAUAAUAUUUGGAGUGACGCUUGUAGUGUGCUACUUCACGACGCAGAAUAAUGAAAUCAAAAGACUGAUAAAGAACGACCCAAGAUCGUCCAAUGGGGAAGUUUUAAUUGAAGGGUCGGUGAAUUCGGAUAACGAGAAGGGGAUAAAAAUGGAUGUAAACCCCGUGACAAAACCGCCUAGAAAAUACGAUGUAACACCCUCGUUGACAAACGAAGCCACAGAGAUGUCCGAAUUGAAUAAAACAUUACUGGAUAAUGAAACAGCUUUGGCUACCUCCGAAGACAGCAGACGGCACCAAGAAGCAGAGUUUCCGAAGAUUUCCCAAGAAACCUUAGUAGCAGACCGGUAUUCACAAGACCAAACAUAUCCUCCUGAUCUGCUUUCGUUUCCACUCAGAGCCCAAAUCUCGUCAACUGGAACGACAAAGCAAACUAUUUGCAGCCCGAUCAAAUCUCCAACUUACGCAGACUCAAGUGAUUUGUACAGUAGAUUUCAGUCUCCAAAUGUUCAAGGCUCGUUCAACCCAAAAGGCUACGUGACGUUACCAAGAAGGCCAAGGUUUCCAGAAGGCAACCCCAGACCCCAAGUCUUUUCAACUUUGAAUGGAGUCAUUCCUUAUUACGACACUUUCAACAUGAAACUCUUCCACGGUGGAAAUUACUACAGCUUGAACAAGAGCGAGAUGGACUUAGGGCCGAUGACAAGAGUCCACUAUAAUGAAGAAGAAAUCGAGCCUGCACCGUCUCCAGCGCCGGGAACUCCCCACGCAACAAUUCCAAGAAGCAGCAUCAGCUCUCCGAACAUCCACAACCAGCUUCUUAAUCUACAAGCCAUGGCGAAUUCAGAUAACCGGCCUUUGAAGAUGACUUUGGUGGAGAGCGAGAGUCUUCUGAAGAGUCCAAGGGAUUUGAGGAUAGCGUACAGUGGGAAUGCAGUCAGCGGCACUCUGGGCAGAAGGACUGCUCCAAAACCACCCCCCAAACCGAGGAAAAAGAAUUCAUGUGAGGUCAAAGACCCUUUCUUAAUGAACAACGAUAUAGCUACACAAGUGUAAAUUUGAAUAUUAAAUAAUGUACGCAAUGAUAUAUGAAUUGCAUCUUUAGGUACUAAUUAUGUUUAAUUGAAAAUAUCUUAGGUAAAAUAUAUAUACUAGUUAUAUUUGAU